AUGCGAGGUGCAUUUUACGUGGCCACUGCUUUCCUCAUCGCGAGUAGCACCCGCACAGCGGCUGAAUCUGUCCAGAUCAAGUCUGAAAUAACGCAAGACCUUGACAAGUUGCCAGUUGGUGAUUCUGACACAAAGUCAUUGCCCAGACGAUCUCUUAAAGGCAGCGGAGAUCGACUGGAAAUCCCAGUGGCUGAAGAAGAGCGCGUCAUUCCAACUGGAGUACUCGAGGGUGCAGGGAAAGAUGUGUCUGAGGCAAUUUUGCGGUUAGAAAAAAGUGGUGAUGACUUGAACAAAAUGGUUAAAGUCGGAGAGGGUGUUGGCUCUUCCGCCACCUCAAAAGGAAAAAGAAUCCAAAUUUUCCAGAAGAGUCAUAAAGACGCCGUUGCAGAACACCAGCAAGUCUUUGACACUUAUAAACACGCAAUCAAGAAAAACGAAGCUUUGGAACUCGAGCGUGAUACAGCUUUAAUUAAAUCUCACAACUGGAAGCUUCUCAGCGACUAUUUUUCCGCGCAAGCCGCUAAAGACACCAAAAAUUACCACAAUUACCACACAAUAUUUAGCCAACUCGAUAGCGUGGUCACCCCAGCCACUGCAAGCUACAAAGGCAUCAAAAACACACGAGAAAAAUAUCUCGCCUUGCUCGAAGAAUCCUUUAGUCGAGCCAAUGCUGCCAAGCAUGCCGGAAACAUGGACGAAUAUAAUGAAAUUCAAGUCACCGUAGCUGAGCUAUGA